UUGAACAGCAGCAUAUUAUCACAUUCGCCGAGUUGCUGCUAAGGAUCUUAUCGUUACAGUUUUUAAUAAGAACUCACUGGAAUUUACAGAUAACUACUUGUAUACAUUGAAAGCAUUUGUGACUUGCAUUUUUGCUAUCAUGGUUUCUGAAUUUCAACAGUCGUCGAUCUCUUAUCCGAAUCAGAACGCUCCUGUUGUUGCCAGUAGCAGUCUUCCCGCCAAGCUUGUAUGCGGUGCGAUUGCUGGCGUCAUUGGCACUUGUCUUAUAUUUCCACUAGAUACUGUCAAGACAAGACUGCAAAAUCAAAAGAGUGGUUUAAACGGUCCUCAGUAUCGUGGAAUUUUAGAUGGCGCACGGAAAAUCAUUACUAAUGAAGGAUUUCGUGGACUAUAUCGAGGUCUUAUUCCUAAUCUCAUUGGCAUAUGCCCUGAAAAGGCUAUCAAGUUGGCAAUGAAUGACUAUGCGAGAGAGUUUUGGGGUCGCCAGAUAAAGGCCCAUCCUGACCAUCUUCCUCUUUUUUAUGGCAUGCUUUCCGGAGCUACAGCAGGGUUUUGCCAAGUUGUUGCUACCAACCCGAUGGAAAUAGUCAAGAUUCAGCUUCAACUUGCUGGUGCAUCCUCUGGUACCGGAUCCAAUUCAAAAAUAACUAUGACGGGCAUUGUCCGUCAACUCGGAUUACGAGGAUUGUACAAAGGAACCACUGCAACUCUUGCCCGCGAUGUUCCGUUCUCCUUUGUAUUUUUUCCCAUGGUUGCCAUUCUCAAGAAAGCCUUGACACCUGCGCAUACUAACGGAGAAGCUCCUUUCUCCGUGAUAUUUAGCAGCGGUAUUGUAAGCGGCGCGAUUGCUUCUGCUGUCGUUACUCCUAUGGAUGUAGUCAAGACUCGACUGCAAGUGAUUGCUAAACCGGGAGAUAAAGUAUAUACAGGAAUGAUGCACUGCUACCGUGAUAUCUUGAAGAACGAGGGAUGUACUGCAUUGUUUAAAGGAGUGGUGCCCCGUAUGAUGAUUGUAUCGCCAUUGUUUGCCAUCGCUGUACUGAUAUACGAAUUCCAGCAGCGAUAUCUUGGAAAGCUAUCUCAGGAGUCGGGUUUCAAAUGAAUGUCCGAAUAAAUGUUUUUUUC